AUGAAUUACUUUCACCGCCUUGCUUCUGCUUCUGCUUCGGCUUCUGCUUCAAAAGCUCAAGCUUCCACCUCCCAAUCUAUCCUCAAUUUCUCCAAAUCCCAACCUCAACCAGAUAUGGAGAACCACCGACUUCAAGAUGAGUCUUCCACAGUGGCAGUCUCUUCUCCGUCCGAAUCCAAGAAACCAAGGAAGAAGAAGGUUCUGUUGAUGGGAAAAUCAGGUUCGGGAAAGAGUUCCAUGAGAAGCAUCAUCUUUUCCAACUAUGUCGCAAAGGAUACGAGACGAUUGGGAGCAACAAUUGAUGUCGAUCUUAGCCAUGUCAAGUUUCUGGGAAAUUUAACACUGAACCUGUGGGACUGUGGAGGGCAGGAUGCAUUCAUGGAAAACUACUUAUCUCAACAACGUCAACAUGUCUUCUCCAGUGUCGGUGUCCUUAUUUACGUUUUCGAUAUCGAAUCUCGAGACUUCGACCGUGAUCUUUUAACAUAUCGCUCGAUCAUCACCGCUCUCACUCAAUUUUCGCCAACCGCAAGCAUUUACGUCUUAAUACAUAAAAUGGAUCUUGUCCUUCCGAACCAACGUGAGGAUAUCUUCCAUGAAAAAGUAUCACUUAUCCGAUCCAAGUCAGAAUCGUUCAGUAUCGUGCCAUUUGCGACAUCUAUUUGGGAUCAAUCACUUUACAAAGCAUGGGCAGAAAUCAUUCACGAUCUAGUUCCAAAUCUCGGAGAAAUAGAAAGACAUCUCUCUUCACUCGGUGCCAUCAUUGAAGCCGAAGAAGUUCUUCUAUUUGAGCGCUCCUCAUUUCUUGUUGUCUCAAGCUGGACAUCGCAGGAGGGAGAAAUGAAUCCUACCACCGAUCGAUUUGAGCGUCUCUCGAAUAUAAUCAAGAAUUUCAAACAAAGCACUUCUCGUUAUACCGGUACACCGAAGUCCACCGAACAAUUCAGUUUGUUUGAAUUGAAGAUGCCAAACUUUAGCUUAUUUGUCGUCAAAUUUACAACCAAUACAUACCUGGCGGCCAUUCUUCCACCUGGAGAGGAACGUUUCAACUGUGCUCUUGAAAAUGCGAAGAUUGCUGCGAGAGACUUUGAAGAACUUGACAGUCCGGCAAGAAAGAGUGCUAAUAGAGGAGCAACAAUGAACGAGGCUAGGUAUGCUUAA